AUGGAAGACUUGAAAAGGAACGUAGUUGUUGACGUCCAUUCCGUUGAAGAGAUCGCGACACACAAUGAUUCUCCAGAAACUGCAUUCGGCAGAGCCAUUAGGGAGUUCUUCGGCAGUCUACCGGAGAUGCACAAGGACGAUCCCGAGAAUCCGUUCUUGAAAGAGCUCGCUGCCGUCGACCUGUCGAAUCAGUCAGCCUCAUCGGCCCUCGACGGCACAUCCUACGUGCAGGAGUCUAUGCAAAGUCUCACAGCCUGUUUAGAGACUCUAGAGAGAAAACGCAAGAAGAAGCGCGGUGAUCGUCUAAUGUUGAAGAUGGCGCCCUUCUUGCAAAGAUUCGAGCGUGUCUCUAAGGUCUUGGAACCUUUAGGCCAAGCUGGUCCCAUGGGAACUGGCGUCAUUUUCUCGGGUACUCGAAUCGUUCUUGAGUUGGCAAUUGGGUUUCACGAGUACUUUGAGGACCUCGUGGAUGCCCUCGCCGAUAUUGCCGACUAUUUCAUCGUCUAUGAGAUGUAUGGGAAGACAUUCCACGACUCUCAAGAGCUCCAAAAACGACUAGCCGGCUCCUACAAGAGAAUAAUCAACUUCUGGUACAAAGCGUCCAAGCGACUCCUCAAGACAUCACUGAAAAUGAUGGAUCCCUUCGCCUCACUAGGUGAAGAGAUGACGCAGACCAAGGCAGCCCUUGAGAAAGACAGCAAUGCCAUUCACAAGCUCGCGGCGGCACACCACAUCUUUCGAUCGCAGCAGAACAGAGAGCAACAGCAAAAGGAUGGUAUUCGCCAGUGGAUACAAGGAGGGCAGGCUGAUCAGAUCGAUGCCCGGCCUGAUUUGGAUGAUCGAUUACGUGCUCGGCACCCGGGCACCUGCGAAUGGAUUUUUGAGGACGCCCGUUUCAUCAAGUGGCGAGAUUCGAAGAAGAAGUCCGUUCUGUGGUACAAUGCUGAGGCAGGCUCAGGCAAAAGCGUUUUGACUUCAGCCAUCAUCAGCCACCUUGAACAGAGAGGAGAAAAGGUCGCAUAUUUCUUCUUCUCCUUCAAUGAAGACCUGCGAAAACACACAAUUCACGCCUUCAGAUCCCUGAUAAUCCAGCUGAUGAACAUUCUAUCACCGAAGCUUACUGACCGCUUUGUGGAUCUCUGUCUGGAUGAGAGGAACUACACGCAGACCCUCGCCAAAGUUAACAUCGCUACACGGCUUGUCCACGAAUUAGUCAAGGCACACGAAGUUUUCGUGGUGGUUGACGGACUUGACGAGUGCAUCGACAUGGACUUGCCAUGCAAUGAACAACCCGGAAAGCCCAGACACGAUAUGUUAGAAGAUCUGGUGGAUAUGGUCAAACGAGCAUCAUAUGGCAGCGACAGGUGGCUAUUUACCAGCCGCAAGGGACAUUCCAGAAUUCGUCGGGCCAUGGAACAAGUCAACGCAGUAGAGAUCGAGGCUGAUCAAGCAAUCAUUGCCAGAGACAUACGGUCGUAUCUCAACGACAGCAUUCAUCAAUAUCAUUUGCAAGAUCCAGGAACAGAUGAUAGCUUCUUGUACGCCACCUUCUUGUGCCACACAUUCAAUAGCGGGCAAUGUCUUGCGGGGAUUAUCAAGGAGCUCCAAAAAUUUCCUUCACCCUUGAACGGAUACUUCAACCGCUCCCUGGAGAAAAUCGCCGAACACGGCGACUGGAAGCGGAAAUUCGCUCGUCGUCUCUUUUUGCUUUUGGUUACAUCGCAGCAGUCUCUCACUUUAGACGAGGUCGUUGAUGCGCUGUCCAUUGGUCCAGAGGGGACUUGUUACACCAGACACAAAGUGCAAGAGCUCAUUGUCGACCUGUGUGGGCCACUUGUGAAAUGCGACCCUGUCGUCAAGUUUUCCCACAAGUCUGUUCAAGACUAUUUCCAACAGGACCCGAAAGCGGAUCGAAGCAUUAGCGAACACAUUCGCAUGUUUUUCGUUCACGACAGCGAUGCAGCCAAUACCGAACUUGGCGUGGAUUGCUUGAGAUAUCUCAUGUACGAUCGAUACGAGCAAUGCCAAGAUAUCGAUAAUCUGCUGGAGAGCAAAUCCAACGAGCACUCGUUUCUUCGGUAUGCGUCGACCUUCUGGUUUCAGCACCUGUUUUCUAUCCAGCCGGAUGCAGCAGUCCGCCAACGCGUUGAACGCUUUCUCAAGAGCAAAGCGUUCUGGACUUGCCUGUCUGUUCAGAGCCGAAUAGCCCCUUUUCUUUUCGGUUUCUACGCUCACGGCGAGACCGGUUCCUACCAAAUGGACAUUAGAGGGCACACAUACAUUAGCGGCGACCAAUUCGGUGUUCCGUUGCCUGGAUGGCUUGACGGACCGUCGAAAGAACUGGAUCAAUCCUUCUGGUGUUUCGUUAGGGAAUGGAGGGAGGUUCUCGUGACCUGUCCAGCGGGUUUGAAGUACUGCUAUCCACUGAGGUCCUUCCCAGAGGGAAAGUCCUGUUACUUGACCCCACCUCCAGAAGCCAACACUUUAGGUCAGUUACAGGUACAGGUCGCCAACUUGGAAGAGCUUCCCUCGUUAGGAUGCAUUGUGAGCAUGUUUGCCUUCGACCUCCACAUUGGGAAGAAAGCCUCGGCCGAUCUGCUUGUCCGCCGUCGAGGUGACCCCAAAAACGUCCUUCGACAGGUGCACGUGCCAAUCUUUCGACAAAAUGCGAAAGAAACGAAGUCCAAAAAUUAUGAGGUUCCUGUCACAGAGAGUGACAACCUCUUCACUUACUUCGUUUUAUGCAACCCAAAUCAGGAGGGUUUGGAGACAUGGUACAUGAACUCGGAAUCCUUGCAACUGGGAAGACUUCUGAAGGCCCAAUCUGAGACAACAUCAGGGCCUUCAACGUUGCGGGCCCGACGAACACAGCGUCAACCCAAAACCAGAUGGGAUCUCGUUGAUACAAGCACCAUUUCUAGGAGUUCAGACACUUCCGUUCACAUGCUUCGUCUCGAUCGAGCGGUUUGCAUCUCGCCUGAUGAUUCCAAGAAGGAAGAUGAUUCUGAAAGCAGCGACGACAGUUCUGUGUCGUCAGCCGCGAGUUCCAUUUCCGACGAGGAACAGUCGGCAUCUGAUAACCAUCAAAUGGAACACGGUGGUUACGUCGUUCCAGAGGAACACACGAAGUGCUUGGCAUUCAUCUAUUCUAAAAGGCCGCCAAUUUUCCUCAGCUGGGUUGGAAUCUCGUACUGGGACAAUGUCGUUCCCGCCAUGCACCCAAAAUCGCCGGUUAUUGCCCUAACGCAUUCUUCAACGCAAUUACUACUCGUAGAUGUCGACACAGGUGAUAGACGGGAGACAACCUUCCCCCUGGUUUCUGAAAUUGCGGAUACUCCAGCUCGUUCAGAGACUCUAUCUGCCCAAUCUAGAGGUAAUGCUCCGGGCUCACACAAGCCCUCUGGCUCGCCACUUGGCUAA